AUGAAUGACGACAUAAUUUCGCUUACGGCCGAACGACUUCAGUAUGGUCUUUUUCGGAGGUGGUGGGGUAAGAAAACUACUCCUAGUGAAGUGGAAAAGUUGCUCAUGGGUGAAGAUGAAGUGCUUGACGAUGUGCAUAUCGAGGCGUUCGUGCGAUACUUUGUGCUAUACAGUAAGGCUGCAUUUGCUAGUUUGAUAAAAGAACCCUCAAGCGCGUUGCUGUUGAAUGAUCGUGAGAUUGCUAUAUUUCACAAGUUUUUGCACUACCCUGGGCUCAAGUCCCAUUUGAACCUUGACGAUAUUUUCGAAAAGUAUUGUCAAGGUGCAGCUUUUGACUCUAAAGUCCACCAUUUUUACGAAGACAUCAUCGAAUCUGUGAAACAUCAGUGGAUUGACGGUGUGCAUCCAGCUAAUGUUCAGCAAUUUCUCGCAGAAUUAACUGCAAACAAGAUUGAUUUUUUCAUAUGUGAAGUGCUGGGACGGUAUACUCUGCUGUACAAAAAGAUAGUCUCCGCUGUUAUGAAAAAUGAAGAAAUUCCUGUCGAGCCAAAACCAUUUGUACCUAAACGACCACGAAUCAGGACUGGGUUGACAUUAGGCGAGCAAGAACAAUUGGUACCUAAACAUCCACGAAUCAGUACUGAGUUGACAUUAGGCAAUGCACGCUCCAAGAGAAGGCGCCUGAUUGAAGAUAAACCAGCGGAUUUCUCACCUUAA